AUGGAUAACUUGAAAAAAGCAGAGGAGGACAACAAAAAUAAACAACAGGGAGACAACAACAAACAACAGGAUAAUAAAGAGAUACUAAACACAUGGAACAAGAGGAAAAGUGGAACUUACAGGACCAGCGGCAGGAGGCUGUCUAAAACAAAAGCAGCAAGAGCAAGUGAGAUCUACGGAAGCUUCUAUGCGCCACCAUGCCGUCUCACUCGUGUUAUGAGGCACCCUAAGAGGAACAGGCCUGUUCGUGUGUUCCUCGGUGCGUUCCUCGCAGUGUUCCUCGCAGUGUUCCUGAUUGCAUUGAAUUUCAUUGAACACUGCGAGGAACACUGCGAGGAACGCACCGAGGAACACACGAACAGGCCUGUUCCUCUUAGGGUGCCUCACAACACGAGUGAGACGGCAUGGUGGCGCAUGGAAGCUUCCGAUAACGAUUCUUCAUCACAAGUUUUAUCAGCAGACGAGUUGACACCUGAAGAUCCUCGAGAUAAAAAUCGCAUAAUGAAUAGACCACGGGAUGUCAUGGAUCUUCCAAUUCCUAGUUUAAUGCCUUCAAUUACAAGCACAUUCCGGUUCAUUCCAAGUAGGGAUGCACCAAAUGUAAACGAUGAUUUAACAGACAUAUCCGAAGAGUUUAUAAAUCACUUUUUAAAUGAAGAUAAAAAUGCUUCAAAUGUAAUUCCCGUGGAUUGUGCACCAGAAAAAAACUUAGAUUUUUCCAAUCUUAUUGAUCAAAGUGCCCAACCUUUUGUACAACAAGAAUUUGAAAGUUCUUUAUUUGAUUUAAUAGAACAGCGUAAUUUUUACACGGAAUUUAUUUCACAAGGAUCUACCAGUUAUUUUAAUAAUCGUACAGAAGAAAGCCAUAAUCCCCAAGUAAUGGAUUUGGAACAGAGUGGAGUUCUGAAUUUUCAGCCUCCCAGUCCUUACGAACCAGCUUUUAUGGAUUGGACACCACCAGGAUCUCCACUUAUUUUAGAGGAAGUCAUGCAAGAGUGCAUAGAAACGUUGAAGAAUGAUAUUCAAAGUCAAGAAAAAAUAGAGGACAAUAGCAAAAAACAUUCUUCCGAAAAAGAUGACAACUCUGGAAGUGACAAAGAAAACUAUGAGAAUUAUAGUAAUUUGAGAAAACAAAUGGAGGCGGAAAAUUUUAGCUCCGAUAAUGCACUGAAUGAAAGCAGUGAAUAUCAUCAUGUCACUGUUUUUGAUGGAUACGAUAGCGAAGCUAGUACCAUCAUUUUGAGCAGUGAUGAAGAUGAGAAUUAUUUGAGCAAUCUCUCAAGUAACAAUCAUCAGAUUCUUAUCAAUGAUGAAAAUCAAAAUAUUCAUAAUAAUAAUAAUAAUAAUGAAGUAAUUCUUGUUAAUGAAGAUGAUAAUAACGUCCUGAUAAUAAAUAUAUCACAAGAAGAGGUUGCAGAUCUUUUUGAAUCCGUUCCAGAUAUUAUUGACAUGUCACCGGAAGCACCUACAACCCCAUCCCCAACUGUUUCAGAUGAUUCUUCUUCGGAUGAUUCUGCAGAUGAUAUUUUAAAUCAAUCAUCAAGUAAUUCUUAUAACAGAAGAAACGACAACAACAAAAGAUAUCGAAAUUAA